AUGAGCGCACUCAUCCAGUUGCGUGAUUCAACGGGUGGAUUCAUACAAGCUCGCGCUUUACUUGACACCUGUGCAACAGCUAAUUUCAUUACUGAAAAUUUGUCUAGCAAAUUAAAAUUACCAAUGCAAAACUGUUCUAUUCCGAUCGGGGCUGUUAAUGGAAUGCAAACCUUUUCAAAACAUGUCGUUCAAAUAAGUUGUAAAUCUUUAAAUAAUAAAUUUCAAAGAUCAUUAUCAUUUUUAACUGUUAACGAAAUUGCAGAGCUGAGUCCAAAUGAAAUCUUUCCACGUAAUAAAAUAGACAUACCUAAAAAGAUAAUACUUGCUGAUCCGGAAUUUCAUAUACCAAGACCCGUAGAUGUCCUUAUCGGUUCAGGUACCACACUUUCUCUUCUAUCUGUCGGACAGAUUAACUGCUCACAAAAUGAUUGUGAUUUAAUAUUACAAAAAACGCAACUAGGAUGGGUUGUAGCGGGAGGAGUCAUUGACGACAAAAAUAUACUUUCUGUAACUUGUCAACUAACUGAUCUGUCGAGUCAAUUAACAAAAUUCUGGACUAUUGAAGACAUAAGUUCUAGUGAUUCUCGAUCUAUUGAGGAUUCUACAUGUGAGACUUAUUAUCAAAAACACUACUAUUCGCGAUACAGACGGUCGAUAUAUAGUAAAACUACCCUUUCGCGCAGACGAUGUCGAGUUCGGGAAUUCCAAACAAAAGGCUCUAAAUAG